UGCACAUUGACUGCUGGACAGAAUGGCGUAGAGUGCUUGCUUGUUCUUUCCUCUCAUGGCUGAUCUUGGAUUUCAAUUCUCCGGGGAGUCAGAGCUCAAAGAGCCAGAUCAAAGUACUGCCAAUCACUUGCAUCACUUGGAAGCGCCUCCAGUUGCAACGGUCAAUCCCGACACGACCGGCAGUUUUGAACCCGUUGAGUCCGUUGCUAUCGUCGAGCUUUCACCUCAACAUACAAAUAUCGAAGAUGAACCUUUUGUCACCACGGAGGAGGUUGAAUUUGCUACCAAAGGAUCCAGCGUAGAACUUGAAAUGAGUUCGGAAGAAUUGCUGCUGGCUAUGGCAGAAGAACCCUUAUCGGAAACGCUGUCCAUUGGCGAACUUUGUCACACCGACACAUUGACCCCGCUUGAAAGGCUGUAUUCAUUAGGCAAAAGCGAUGUAGCUAUGCAUAGAGUUCUCGCUAUAAAGGAACUCUCCACUGUUAUUGGUAAUAUCGAUAUAUCGGAUCUCGUAGAGUACAUUUUGCCUUUAUUGAGCGCUUUGGCAUCGGAUUCAGACGAUGGAGUUCGAGAGACGUUGGCACUAGAAUUAGACCGUAUAGUCUUGUAUCUUUAUGAGUCCUGUCCUCCUCAUGCUGAAUCGCAGACCAUCACCGAUGAUUGCAAAAACAGCAUUCACGGACUUUCAAAGCUGAGCUUGGAUUCCUUUGUUAAGGAAGACGUCACAUCAUUCGAGGAAGAGGCUGAUACUAGAGCUCAAGAGGAGGCAUCCACUUCCGUGAAUGGAAGAUUGCCGACGGACAAAAGGGCUGUAACGGAGCAAGUGGUUGACGAGGCGCAACAACAACAAUCAGACUUGGAACAAGCGGCUGCAACACCCAUUCCCAGCAGCGUACCACGACAGCGAAGCUCAUCUUCAGCUGCGACAUCAUCCUUUCUAUCAUCCUCAACCGAUGACUAUCGACCAGAAGAUAGCAUACCAGCCCAGGCAUUUUCUAUGAUAUUUCUAGACUUUUUACUGGACCGUAAUUCCAACCUUGCUGCUUACGGUCAGCAGUGCAUUGUAAAUAUAGCGUCACAUCUAUCGUACAUCUCGACUUCCCAGGAAGAACCUUCAACCAAACUUACUCCAUACCUCGCGAAAGAACUCCUUCGAACAGAAAUCUUCGAAGGCGUUAUAAUGAAAUUAUUCAAUAUCGCGAAUGGAAUACAACCAGGACAACACAAACAGCCAUCUAUCAAUGGCCAAACACCUGAUGCCGAAAAUUCGGUGUGUGUUGAUGAAAGCGACAUGAAUCUGGGGAAGAUGAUGUGCCUCUCGCUCAUAUGUGGGUUGGCUCCUAUUUUGGGGCAAGACUGUUGCUCUGAAAACUGUCUUCCCAUUGUUGAAAAGUUGUCUUCUGAUCAGGUGUUUUAUGUUCGCAAAGAGGCUGCGUCUGCUCUGGGUAGCUUGGCAUCCGUAAUAGACGCACAGACCGUAAUUGAUAAACUGAUUCCAAUGUACAUAACAUUUUCCAAGGACAGUAUAUGGCAUGUUAGAAGGUCCUGUGCACUGUCAUUACCAAUGAUUUGCGGUGUCUUACCCGACGAUCUUAAGCGACAGCUGGCUAUCGAAGCGCUUGAUACCUACAAAAAUGAUGUUUCUAGAAAUGUUCGGAAUGCCUUGUGGGAGAUUACGGGAGAAUUGAUAGCCAAGUUCUUACCAAACGAUUGGGAAACAUCUGGAUCACCCGGUGAUGUGCCUGAUGCUCUAUUGGAUUUCUUUCUGUCCGUUGGUACAACAGAAGGUGGUAUCCAAGUUUACAAAAUGGAAGCAGAUCGGACCUAUAUCUGCGCUUUCAACUUUCCAGCGGUGGUUCUAGCAGCUGGUCGAAGCAAAUGGGAGUCUCAUCUCAAGGAAACGUAUUUGACGCUAACUAAGGAUUACCAGAUCAAGGUCCGACGGUCGCUCGCUCAUUCACUGCAUGAGGUGGCCAGGAUAAUCGGUGCAGAACAAACCGAGCGAGAUUUAAUUCAAAUAUUUGCUUUGUAUUUAAUGGAUCUUGAUGAAGUCAAGCAAGGUGUUUUAGAACACAUGGGCGAUUUUCUUGCUACUUUGGCACCAGCGUCUCGGUCGGAAUAUAUACCCAUCCUCACUGAAGUAUGGGAUGGCGUUUUCAGCAACUGGCGAUUACGGGAUAUCCUGGCUGACCAAUUACCACUUAUUGCGGAGCUGGUCGAACCCGACUUGGUGAUAGAGUACAUUCUACCCUUGACUCUGCGAGCCUGUCAAGACGAAUUCGCCAGCGUUCGAGAGACAGGGAUCAAAUGCCUCCCUGUUAUUCUGAAAAUCGUCAAGCAAGCGGUGGACACAGAUGAGCAGGAGGAAGUGCCAGAUACAGAUGACGAAGAGAAGAGAGUGGCCAUGAACGAAAUGCUUGAAAAUCGACGCGAGCACAACUUGGCCCUUUUGAGCCAUGUCAUGGAGAAGAUAGACUGUUUUGCACGAUGGGAAGGUUAUCGUGGACGAAUAGUAUUUGCUCAUACAUGCUCAGCAUUGAUCGCUUCUGGUAUCUCGGUGUCUGAUUUCUCUGCUUUCUUCUUACCUCGGCUAGAACCACUAGCUAGUGAUCCUGUUGUAAAUGUUCGUAUAGCAGCAUCACGGACGGUCAGGGCUCUGUGCAUGACAGGUACGUACAAAGGCGGAGCAAGGUGUAGGCACAAUUUUCCAUUGUUGUUGGGUCAUUACUCUGAUACACUUUUCCUUUUUCUUCAGAUGGGCAUAGGGAAGACGCCGGGAAUUUGGAUUCGCAACCUUUACAUAGUGUCGAUCAUCUUGGAAACCCAUUGCAUAGACUGUUGUUCCGCCUAGCUCUUGAUGAGGACCAAGAUGUUCGAUCUUAUAUACUAGAUUUCGUGGAUAUCGAAAAGUUGCAGGAGGAGCAAGUGAGAAAGAGAGAAAUGUCAAAAUUAGAGCAACAACAUCAGGUCACCCAUGCUACGGCGGAAGAGUCGUCGGAUUCUAUAUCUGAAAGCAAGACUUCCGUUACGCCAGAUGAAGAAACGCUCAUCGUCAUGAAUGAAGAAGACUAUGACAUGGAGGUGGUUGGUACACCCAUGGACUACAGUAGCGAGGAAGACAUUUAUGAUGGUGGUGACGACGAGACGAUGCUCGAUGCUUUUGAGGCUCAAGAAGAAACGGAUAUGGUAGAUGAUGGAUUGUCAACCAAGGACUUUUCCAAACCUUCCUCUAUC